AUGAUUCAGUGUGUGUUUGGAAGUGAGUGGAGGAGGAAGUCGUACCACUGUCGUAUUGUCUUAAGCGUCUCUCGCUUUUCGCCUCGCGAUUCCAGUCGCUUCCUUUCUUGUGGAUAAAGUACGCUUGUGGAAAAGGAGGAAGGCGCUUUCGACUCGUGUGUGUUGUGCAGAGGUUGUGAAUGUGCGUAAGCGAAUAGAGAAAAGGGAAAUAAAGGAUUUUUUCGGAUACCCAGGAGAGCUGCAGUUGCACUUUGCAAUGUCUUGAUUAUCAUCAUGAGGCCCCUGAGACCCUGGAGUGAUACCUUGCUCCUGGACAAAGUUGCAUCAGCAGAAGAUGAAAUUAUAGAUAAUCCUUGAAAAUGAUAUCGAGACACAAGAUGUGGGCUGCCCUUUGGGCAGCUCUGUGGGCCUGGGCUGCUGCUCAGUACAUCGGAGAAGAGAACCUGUCACCUAUCCAGCAAACUGCGGUAAUCGGCGGAGCAUCAAGAGACUUGGACAAAAUUGGGCCGAAAAUAUACACCAACCGAACGAAUACAACACUGAACUGCGCCUCUGGAUCAAUGCUUGUCGAUGUCGAGUUUAAUGAACCCUUCUUUGGCAUCAUUUAUCCAAAUGGCUCGAGAAACUCCGCUUGCCGCGUCCAGGGCAACGGCAAGACGAAAUACCAUCUGGACCUGCCGCUCAAAGGUUGUGGAACCGAUAGGGUCGAACGCCGUGUGUUCGUCAACAACAUUAUUGUUCGAUUCCAUCCAGGCCUUGAGCUAGAAGGUGAUGAAGUCAAGACCAUAAUCUGUCGUUAUCCAAGUCCUGAAGUCAUGGCUCCCCCCGGCCCUCCUGUACCCAUUAUUGCUCCUCCAGUUGCAGCAACGGUUCCACCACGUGUAGGUGAAGUAGAGAUCUUACUUAUCAUCUGUGCCAUUUUGUUUUUGGCACUUUUGUUAGUCGGGAUGGCAUGCUCUUACACCUGCCUUAAAAAACGCAACAUCAAGCUCGUUAGAAGACGUCCUAUGUCUCUUGGAGCUCCAUCAGAUAUCACCAAAGUUUCUGGAUCCCUACUCUUCGACGGGGUCAAGAUUCCUCGAGCCCAUGCCACAUCUACAUCAGACUCUGACACCGCUCUUGUGUCUCAGCCUGAUACUCUGCCAUCUGAUUAUCCCUCGGAUCCACCAUCAAGUGGAUCAGAAGUGGAAGAGCUAGAUAUCAUUGAGCGCAGGUCUUCUGAAGCAUCUGUACGUCUCCAAGAGGAAACCAUUCAAGCGUUCUCAAACCAGGCAUUUAUCAUGGAAGAGGACAGAUUAUCUUCAGUUUACUCAGAUGCCAUGUUGCAGAGUGAUGCUGAGAUGAUAACAGCUGCUCAGGUGAUCAAACCACCAAUGCCCUCCUUCAUGGUGAGGGUAAAACGUGCUCCAACUCCUCCAAGAACUCCUCCCAAGACUCCUGAACCUGAUUACCCUGUCAUGCUUGCUCAUGCCCAGUCUUUGACAACAAUUCUAGAAAGAGAUGAGAGUUUCCGUGCUGAAAGUAUACCUGGUUCUGAACAUGCUCUUCUUGUGUCAGAAGCUGAGGACUUGAUUCCUCCACCUCACAUCAUUCCACCUCCUGAGUAUGCUCUUGUUCAAAGAAGGAUUCAAGAAAUCCCUGCUCCACCGCCACCACCCUCUGAAUACAGUUCAGUGGCACGUUCUGUAUCUGAACACGAUCUUGAAGUUGAUGUGCGUCCUCCGCCUAUAAGACGAGAUAUCCGUCUUAUUGAAAAUGUAAAAAAUAUCACUACUGAAACCACAGAUAUUCAGGAAACCGUAGAACGAACAGGAAGACGAUAUAUGGUUAGGCGCCCCCCCUCAGAACCUGAGUCAGAAUAUCCCUCAGAGGCUGCUGAACCUACAGAGAUUAUAGAAGAGCUUCCAGUUGUACCCAGACAACCUGAAAUCACCAGCCAUAUUGUUGACGAUCGGCAUGUAUCUACUAUCACAGAAACGCAUACCACUGAGGAUAUUGAACGCCACCGUCGCUUCAUCAAGCAGUACCAUGUGAAGCCCAAGGCAUUACCGCCACCCAAGUGGAAUGUUGCUAUUCGGCACUAUCCAGGACCUAAAUAUGCUGAUGAAGUUGAAUCUUCUGGCCCAGAAUGGGAGGGCUAUAGUGAACCAGGUUCAGAUGUAUUCCGUCAGCAUUUGUAUCAAGCAGAUGAAGACCAUUUGAGCCAGAUAGAAGUAGAAGCUCUCGAACAUCCUCAUCCUCCCAACUGGAAUGUGCUACUUCGUGUAUUGGAACCUCCGCCUACAGAAGAAGCUGUGCAAUAUGUGCUGACCAAAGAGGACAGGGAAAAAUGGAGGCAAAUCAUUUGCACUGAAUCGACCUUACGAACAAUGUUGACCCAUGCCAUUGUCAGGGAAGAUUACGAACGCAUCCGCCAUGAUCAGAGAUACGAGAAACUGUUCGAACCUAAGAAGUGGGACGUUAUCAUUAGGAUUCUAUCGCCACCAGGCAUGCCUCAUGAUCGCAUCGACUCCUCCUCAGAAGCUCCCUCAGCUUCCGAUACCGAGAGUCUUCCUUCAAGGGAUGGACGAAGGUACCGCAAGAACGAGAGCGGCCCAAGUGGUCGUCGACCGUCACUUCCUCCACUGUACGAGUAUGACUCUGAAGGUAACCCAGUUAUCGUGCGUCGUCCUGGACCUCCUUCUGCUCGUUCUCGAAGAUCAUCGAAGUCAAGCAUCCACUCAGGAAUUGACGUUCGUUCGGUGACUGAGACUGAAGUGAACUUUGCCAGAGCGGAUACCUGGAGUGAAGCAAGUGGACCUAGCAUGGCUAGUGGUGCUCGUUCAAUCGCUGAUCGUUCACAGCCGGAAACGACCUACACUGUGCCUGUUCUGCAUGACGAUGAGUAUCCUGACACUGAUUUCGAUGACCGCAUGUCAUCCAGGACUGGAAGGUCUCUGGCUCGAUCUGCCUCUGAGUUCACAGAGGACUGGAGACAUCAUGAACCGAGUGACAGGUACUCUCACGUGUCUGCCUCAUCUGGUGAUAGCAAGCGUAGGCAGCUAGAGCGCUCAACAUCAGAGUUCUUUGAGGAACCACCCCACUUCAGUGAUGUGAUGACUUCACCUGAUCAUUCUCCUGAAGGUUCUCCUCGUGCUUUAGCCAGGUUCCAGCAUCAUGAGUAUCGUGACUACCAUGAGCACGACUACAACAAUCAGCAGUUUGGUCGUCAUUACACCACUGAUGAUGUGGUACAGGGUGGUUACAUUCUGCACACGGAAGCCAGCUCUCGCCAUCAUCAGCAACGAAGAAUUGACCACCACCGAUCUGAUCGGUCCACUCAUUCAGGCCGAGAAGAAAUGUAUUCCGUAGCUGAAACUGAAGUUUCUGGAUGGGCUCGCAAACAUUAGAGCUGUCUCAUUUGUUUGAUUAGCUUUUAGAAAGCAUAAGAAAUGAAGAAUCAAUCAAGUGCCUUCGAAUGAACCCACAACUGCAUGAUUUUUUUGCCUAGGAAUGCUGUGACAAAUAUAUCCCCUCAAUAAGCUUAUGGUGGAAUAUAACAAAUAACACCAAAGCCAUGCUAAUAGAAUGCAGCUAAAGGACUCCGUUAGUAUAUAUGAUAAGAUGUUUUCAAGGUUUUAGGAGCCGGAUAAUAUUAACUCCCUGUAGUGAUCAGGACACUACUGUUUAACUGACAACUGCCUUAAGCAGCGAGUGUACCUUGCUAAUACAUUAACAUUUGACAUGCAAGAGGGUUCAUGAGCAACAUGCGACUAACUUAUUCAGUGUAAUGUGUGUGUAUGUGUGUGUGUGAAUGUGUGUUUAUGCCUAGCGCUUGGAAAGCUGCUGCCCUGCACCUUGAAGUUGAAGGUGGAAUACGCAAAUAAACGCUAGAUUUUGAAGAGUCACUCGCCUUCAGUGCUUGUGAGUUUUGCCUACUAAUCCAAGAGGGACACUUUACAGCGGCAAUCUUAUCAACCCCCUCGCAUGUACAUAGGAAGGUCAGAAUAAUGUGUCUGUUGAAAGCUUUCCUCCUCUGAUGUGAAGACUUGAAAGCCACUCCAUGGAAGACAAGGAAUACAUGCCAGCCAACAUUUUAAGAAUUUGGUCAAAAGAUACUUAUGUGACAAAGAUACCAACAGUACACAUACAUUAAGGUCCUCACAGUAAUAAAAUCCUAGUCAUUCUGUGCGGGACUGACCUACAUCAAUGACAGUGAGGGGGUGCUAGGACUACCGCUUCACAACUGAGGGAAACGAACUGCUCUAUACAAGAAUUCAUUGCACCAGUUCUAUGGUGGUCAUUGGCAAAAGAUUUUCAGUAUAAAGAAUGAGUAAGGAAAUAUUAACUUUUUUCCGAAAAUGAUGGUGAUUAAGGCCCCGAGCACACUAGCCACUCUGUGGCACCACAAGUGGCGGCGCAAAGUGGCGGGCCAGAGCACACUAGCUUGAAAACAAUGGGAACCUAUGGGAGAAAAUAUCCCCGCCACAAAACGCAGCCACUUGUGGCUCUACAAAGUCGCCAGUGUGCUUAGGCCCUACUUCUGUGAGAGUACUUUGCUAUUAGUAAUCCUUUCAUUAUUUCAGUUUUUGCGGCGCAAAAUUUUUGUGAUUUGUUUGAAAGACGAUAGAAUCCUUAAAACUCGUAUUUUACAAAAGUACUUCAAUUAUUGUCUGAACAUUUUAUAUCAAAGUUUCAUUUCUCUUCUAGUAAAAUUAAAGCAAGUUCGUAAUUUCAUUCCUGAGGUAUGUUUUAGUCCCUCAAAUAAAUGCUCGGGUAACAAGGUCAUGGUGGGGACUUCUAAAAUGCUUUGCUAUACAAGUGGAAACGUAUGGCAGGCAUUUUGUUUACAUUUUUUAAUUUUUUUCAUUUUGUACAAGCAUCAUAACUUUUUUACUUUUUACAGAUAUCCAUCUAAAUAUGAAAAAAAUUAACACAGUAAACGUAAUGAUACUAACCUCAGUUUCUGUUUAAAAGCUUUUAAUGUUGCAUAUUGGAUGGUCAUGACAGCCAAAAUUUUGUCUGACAUGUCUGAUACAGGUACAGACUUGACUGAACUGUAUUAUA